CCACUUGAUUUAUGUCGAAAUUCACUUCGCCGCUAUUUUGACCAUUUCUUGUUACUUUCAAAUCCACAAUAUCAUGUCCAAGUCGUCACGUGAAAUUGUUACAAAUAUAACCAGACUGUUUGUUAAGUAUUUCUUCGGGGCAGGGAACGCCAGAACGAUAACGAACGUUUCCCACGAAAUCAUGCGCGGAAUUUGAAGCAAAAGCUUUAGAGAAACCUUUUAUUCUUUGUUUUUCUUGUUAUCAGAAGUCAGUGCGCGGAAUCUACGACAGAUUCUUGAUGCGCGAGCGGAAUAAAGGAUAAAAAUUAUUGAAGACCCAACUUCACAGUCUGUCAAAUAUAUGUAUUGAACCAGUGUAUUGCUAUUGUUUAUUGAUGUAUAUAUAUCCGACGUGAAUAUUUCAUGGAUUCCAUAUCAAUAAUAAAGAAAAUAUCACUUCUGAAAUAAAAUAUCAGAUUUUCAAUGUGAAUUUUCCUGAAACAUAACUAACCCAUGUUGUUGAUCAUUAUGGUAGCUUCAUUCACCAGAUCCUUGCUUCAAAAGCAUAUGUCCACAUUCUAUGAGUAAUUUGGGUCAUUUCUAGACAGGGGUUUUUGAACAAAUGACGACAUAAAUAAUUACAAAGGAACUAUCAUGUGUAUUAUGAAUAAGUAGGUAUAUAGAAAUCUGUCUAUUGACAGUUCCAUAGCACAUUGUUUGAUGCAUAUGCACAUAGAGCGUAAUAUAGAGUUGCAGAAAAUAAAACUACAUGUUUUCCGUGAGAUCUCCUGAAGAGUUAUUCAUGAAACAGGCUUGUAGAGAUAAAACAUGUAGUUUUAUUUUCUCCAAUUCUAUGCUAUAAGUAGGUAUAUAUGCAAGGCUCCACAUGGUGAAGCAAAAUGCUGUCCAUGAUUCUAAAGAGACCAAAAUCAAGUUUCCUUCGCUACUUCAUAAUAAUUGUUUCAAUGUCUGCUUGAGGCCAAUUACUUUAAUUUUUUGUAAUGCCUGAGUUUGUUGUGGCAGUGAUUCAAUUUUAACUUUGCACAGCUGAUGAAAACAAGAGCACCAUUCUAAUGUUUUUUCUCGUAUCUGUUUACACAGCUGGACAAUUUUCACACAUCACUUAUAUGUUGUGAAAUCAAACUACUUGCUUUCUUUGGAUGUUUCAUGAUUUUGUAUCUGAAUGGAUUGUGAAGAGAAGUGUUGUGCAUCUGAUGAUACUACAGACUGUCAGUCUGGGAGUAGCUACAGCAAAGUCUGUAGUGAUGGAGUCAGCGCAAACAAACCAGGGGAUGUUUUGACAGCUGAUGGAACAGAUUCUUGUGAUGAAGGUACUUGCUGUGACCAGAAUGGUGACUGCUGCUCAUCAGAAACAGCAAUGCCAAGUGAAACUAAAGAUUAUAUGAAAUCAGUUGAUGUAAAAACUACAAAAGAGCAAUGCUGCAAGAAGGUAGAUGCUCAUAUUAGCCAGUUUUGUCCAGAGGAAGUCUGUUCUAAUGUAUCCUGCUCAAGUAAGUGUUGUGAUCCAAAGAAGGAUUUGUCAAAGGCAGAUGAGUCUUCAGGCAAUGUUUGUUGCAAGAGCAAGAAAGACAUAGACACUGCUGAGGAGAAGGGUAUCUCUGCCGAGUGCAGUGACCAAGUUGGUUUUCAAGGUGCUGAAUCUUGUUGUAAACCAAAUGAAUCAGCUGGAACCUGUUGUCAGCCAUCUGGAAAAAGUAUUUUAAAUUCUGAAGCAGACAGAGAUGAACUUCCUGGUAAAGCCGUUAGAGAUCAGAGAAGCGUCAAAACAUGCUGUAUUAAGAAAGAUGAGCCUAGUUGUCAUAAAAAAGUGGCAAUGGGUGAUAAAAUAAAGAGUAAUUUGAUAUCAGAUGAUGUGAAGUUGGAGCAAACGAAGGGCACUGAAGGAUGCUGCAAGGAUGUUAAGAACUCUGAGGUGGAAGAGAGGGAGAUGUGUUGUAAUAAGAGAAAUGAGUUUGCACCAAAAUCAUGCUUUGCAGAGAUUGUAGACCAAGAGAAUAGAACAGUGCCAGUUGACCAUGGGAUAAAUGUCAAAACUACCAAUGAAUUGGAAGGUGAAAACAACUGCUGCAAUGAAAAUAGGUGUGCAGGUGACAGUUUCAAGAUAAAUAGUGAGAGAGGAAGUGCAGAUAGCAGUAAGAAAUGCACAGAAAGGAAAGUAUGCAAAGAAAAAUGCAGUGGAAAAAAAGAUAGAUUGAUGAAUGAAUUUGAUGAACAGAGAAAGCUUCUUGACGAAAAAAUUCAAGUGAGUAUAGAUGUGAAAUCUUGCAGCAGUGAUGGGAAAAAGAAGCUUUUAGCUGGAAAUGAAGGCAGGAUGAGUUAUGGGAGUGCUGCUUUUUGUGAACCAGUCGAAAUAAAGCACACUAAGGGCCAAGGAUACAAAUAUUCUGUAUUCCAAAAUCCAUCUCAGGACAUUGAAACUGAUUCAAAAUUUAGUGAAAUCUUUUUGGAGGAAAGACCUGUUGUAAUUAUAACAACAAAAAUUCGUGUCCAGAAUAUUUGUUGUGGUAAAGAGGCUGAUUUGAUAAAACGAGAGUUAGAACCUCUUAAUGGUGUCAAGUCUGUGACCAUCAAUAUUGUUGGUCGAAUAGGAUUUGUGAAACAUGACAAAGAGGUCAUUUCAGCUGUAGAGAUAAUAAAUAAGUUGAACCAAUUGCAUCUUGGCGUAAGUAUUAUGGAAUCUGGGGACCAAGAAGGUGCUCAGGUUCUAAGAAGAGAUGUGAUAAUGAAGCUUGGAUCAAAGUGUGCUGUCCUUGGUGUCCUGUUGGUAUUGUUCAUUGUGGUCAUCAUUGGACGUUCUAAGAAUUUUUCAUGGCAGAAAUGGGUUGCGAUUGCUGAGAUUAUAGUUGGGAGUCUGCCAAUUUUGCGGAAAGCAAUAUUGAACUGGAUGAAGAAAGUUUUUAUAGAUAUCAAUGUGCUGAUGUUGAUUGCAGUUGCAGGGACAAUUGCAUUACAGGAAUGGAUUGAAGGUGCAACACUUGUGUUUGUGUUUGCUAUUGCAGAAGUGUUGCAGCAAUAUUGUAGUUACAAAGUGCAGGCUGCUAUUUCAGGUAUCUUGGUACAUGCCCCUGACCAUGCAGUGCUGGCAGAAACAGGGAAAACGGUCCCAGUUGAAGAAAUCGAAAUUGGAACUAGGAUUCUUGUCUGUGCUGGCGAGAAAAUUGCUCUUGAUGGAGACGUUGUCAAAGGCCAAGCUUCUGUUGAUGAGAGCUCUAUUACUGGCGAGUCUAUGCCUAUUGAGAAGGCGCCUGGUUGCAAAACAUUCAGUGGUACAAUUGUGCAAAGUGGAUACUUAGAGAUCAAAACAACAAGUACUUCAGAAGACUCAACUGUCUCAAAAGUCACACAAAUGGUGCAAGAGGCGCAAGCGAAAGCUUCGCAUACGGAGAAGAUGAUGAAUCAGUUCGCAAAGAUUUACACUCCUCUUGUCCUUGUAGUUGCCCUUCUUGUCUUUGCAGUUCCUGCAAUUCUCGCUGAGUUAAAGGUUGGCAACUACGCAUCUCAGCUGCAUGGUUGGGGGAUUCGCGCCCUUAUUGUGCUCCUCGUUGCAUGUCCUUGUGCACUUGUUAUGUCAGUACCCAUUCCUAUGGUUUGUGGCAUUACAACAGCAGCCAAGAAUGGGGCACUCAUCAAAAGUGGCAACGAUAUGGAACUGCUUGCAGGGGUCGAGGCAAUCGCUUUUGACAAAACUGGUACACUCACAGAAGGCAGAUUUAAGGUCGUCAAUUUGAAGGAAUUCAGAGAGGAUAUUGAUUACAACGAAAUGCUUCAGAUGGUUGCUGCGUUGGAAAUGAAGUCAAGUCACCCGGUUGCUGCUGCCAUUGUAAAUCACUAUGCUGGGUGCAUCACGGAUAAAAUCGCCAGUUUUGGUGCUGGAGUGGGUCUACCAGAUGUGGAUAAAUUCAAAUCUCUUCCUGGCCUCGGUCUCACGGGCCAUGUCCAUGGACAUGCUGUUGCUGUAGGCAACCUGAAACUGCUACGAGAUUCGGGAGUAAAGAUUCUAAUCGAGGCAGAAAAGUUGUUUGCUAAUUGGUCUCAUGUUGGCCAAACUGUAAUAUUUUGUUCUGUCGAUUCCCAGCUCUCACUUAUGAUGGGUCUCGCAGACACACCCCGUGACACUGCCAAACAGGCAUUAGACAUGCUACAGAACCUUGGCAUCAGUACUAUAAUGUUGACGGGGGACAGCAGUGGGGCAGCGUCAGCUGUUUCGAAAUCAGUUGGCACUGAAAGUUAUAUAGCAAACAUGAAGCCUGAGCACAAGUUAAGGUGGAUCCGCAGUCGUCAGGAGAACAGCUCCAAGAAACAGCGGACAAAGGUAGUAAUGAUUGGUGAUGGUGUAAAUGACGGACCAUCUUUAGCAGCCGCUGAUGUAGGCAUAGCCAUUGGUACAUGUGCAACGGCGCUUGCUAUCGAGUCUGCAAAUGUCGCGUUGAUGACAGAUAAUCUGGUGAAAAUCCCGGAACUUCUAUUGCUGAGCUUGUUUACGAAGAAAGUCGUGAUUCAGAACAUCGGCCUCGCUUUGGCAAUUAAAGUCGCUGUUAUUAUAGCAACCAUGGCGGGAGUCCUGGUUUUAUGGAUGGCAAUAUUAAGUGACGUAUUAGCUUUGUUGAUUGUCAUUCUAAAUGGUCUAAGACCAUUGUUUUGGAAACGGGAGGACAUGAGGGGCAGCCGCAAGAAAAAGAGAAGUUGGAGCACGCUCCAAGACGCACAAGUGUUUGAUUAUCAAGAAGACGGCAUGACUCUGAUUGAAGUGAAAACAUAAAUCAAUCCAAAAGAUACUAUGAAAGAUACUAUUUUUUGUUAAUUAUUU